AUGGAGUAAUAACUUGUUUUUAUUUAUUAAAAACUAGAAUCAUUAGAAACCAAAUUGGAUAAACAACUUAAAGUAUAUUAAGAAAAAUAGAUAUCUCUAGAAGAAGAUAUUUAAGCUGAGCUAAAUAAUCUUAGUAUUAGCUUAUUUAAAUCAUAAGAUAAAGUAAAACAAAACAGCAAGAAAAAAACAGAGCAAAAAGAAUCUAAGGCAUAAUAAUCUAAAAAGGAUUAGAAAGAAACAAAACUUUGA